CUUCCUGGGGGAGGAGCUGCUGCAGCGGCCGGUCCGGCCCGCUGCCCGCUGGCCACUGCUGCCCACACCCCAGGGGACCGACAUGGCCCAGGCCUGUGCCGCCAGCUCCCUGGAGCCCAGUCUGGUCCAGAGGCUGCUGCUUUGCUGCCAAGAGGCCAAGAAGGCCGCCUACUGCCCCUAUAGCCGCUUCCCGGUGGGCGCCGCCCUCCUCACCCAGGACGGGAGGAUCUUCUCAGGAUGCAACGUGGAGAAUGCCUGCUACCCGCUGGGUAUCUGUGCAGAGCGCACCGCCAUCCAGAAGGCCGUCUCCGAGGGGUGCAAGGAUUUCAGGGCCAUCGCGAUCGCCAGUGACCUGCAGGAUGACUUUAUCGCGCCAUGUGGGGCCUGCAGGCAGGUCAUGAGAGAGUUCGGCACCAACUGGGCCGUCUACAUGACCAAGGCGGACGGCACGUACGUGGCCAGGACCGUCCAGGAGCUGCUGCCCGUCUCCUUUGGGCCCGACGACCUGCAGAAGGUCUAGGGGCGGGCAGGGAGCGCCGGCACCCGGGAGGGCGGGUUCCCAUGCGUGCCCGUGAGGACACCUGCCCGUGGAGACACCUGCCCGUGG